AUGAAUGUCAUUGUAGACGACUAUCAUGGUUACGGUAGGCACACGUUGUUUACUGCUUAUUUCAAACAGAAAACACCAAAACAAUAUCUCAAAUUUCUGUUUGCUAUGCAGUUAGCAAACGACCACGACGACGACGACGACGACACUGUUAUGCUCGUUUUUGUUCUUAUCUCACGAGAUGGAGACGGAGUGCUGGAUGACAGCAGCAUCAACUGGGAACUGACUACUGCUACUACUGACUAA